CAAUACAACAACAACCUUUCUUAGUUCAAUACAAACGAAUCCAUCUUCUUUGCUCCCGUCAACGCCUGCCCCCAUAAUGGCCACCGUGAUCGUCUUCGGCCCAACAGGCAACAACGGCUCCGUCGCCGCCCAAACCGCCCACCAAAAUGGCGCCAAAGUCUGGCUCGCCAUGCGCGACCCUUCCAAAGCCAUCCCAGGCCUGACCCCCGAGGCCGAGAAAGCCGGCAACUACUCGCGCGUCCAGGCCGACCUGAGCAAGCCCGACACCGUCGCCGCCGCCGUCAAGACCGCGGGCGCCACGCGCGCUUUCAUUUACGUCGCCCAGGGCACGAAAGACUAUAUGAAGGGCACCGCCGAAGCGCUUAAAGCCGCCGGCGUUGAAUUCGUCGUGCUGUUAAGCAGCUAUACCAUCGGGUACACUCCACACGCGGACGUGCAGCCGAGCGAGAUUAUCCCGUACGCGCAUGCGCGGCUCGAGGUUACGUUGGAUGAGGUUUACGGGCCAGAUGGGUAUGUGGCAGUGCGUCCCGGGGCGUUUGCUACGAAUUUGUUGCGGCAAAAGGAGGGGAUUCGCGCCGGUGAGGUGAAGAUGUAUGCGCCCGGGUUCAAGAUUGACUGCAUCACGCCCGUGGACAUAGGCGGGGUGAUCGGCACGAUUUUGGCUGAGGGGCCGCCGCGGGAUGGGCAGCGCAAGAUCUUUUUGUAUGGCCCUCAAAUUCUGUCGCAGAAGCAGGGACUGGAGAUUAUUGGCGAGGUGCUAGGCAAGGGAAUCAAGGUUACGGGCGUUGAUGCGGAGGAAGCGUUGGCGCAGUACCUUGCUAAGGGUGCUCCCAAGCCAAUGGCGGAGUAUCUUAUUAGGGCGUUGGGCGACACAGACCCGGAGUUGGAAGAUGGUUCGUGGCUCGCGAAUCACAAGGAGGGCAUCGAGAAUGUGAAGAAGUAUACGGGGAAGCCUGCCACUGGGUUGCGGGUGUGGGUUAAGGCAAACUCGGAGCUCUUCAAGUGAGCCUGGGGACUUGAAGGGAGGGGGCGAAGGAUCCUAUGCAAAGCUGAGAGCACUAAUUAAGAAG